GGCCCCGGAGCGGGCCCUCCUCGGCCGCGCUGCGCACCCCGGAGCCGGGCCGAGCGUGAUGGGGCGCAACAGCUGCGGGUUGCAAGCGGCUCUCCCCGCCCCGGCCCAGCCCCCGCGUUGGUUGGGGGCGGCGCCCCCUGGGCCGGCUCCGGGUCCCGGUCGCGGACGGGGAGGGGCCGGCGCAGCAUCUUUUUAUGGUGAAAGCUAUGUGGGGCUCAACAUCAUAGAAGUUUCCUCUGAGUUAUCUCUUCAAUUAAAGUUUCAAACCAGCAAACCACAAGGAUUACUUUUUCUUGCAGCUGGGGAAAAUGACUACUGUAUAACAGAACUUCUAUCAGGAAACUUACGGGUGAGAGUUAAUUUGGGGACAGGUGAACAAGUGCUCCUUUCUGAGAAAAGACUUCGUGCGGAUGACUUGGUUUGGCAUUUAGUGGAAUUGUACUGUUUUAAGGAUACUAUCUCUCUGGUUAUUGACAAACAUUAUGAGAGGACUGGCCAGAUCACCGGUGGGGUGCACAAUUUGCAUUGUCAGCAUGGAAUCUACGUAGCAGGCUACGGUGGACUUGAUGUCCCGUACCUAGAUGGAGAGAGCCCCAGUUUCCGUGGAUGUAUGGAGGAUGUGGUGUUUAACCAGAGGGAGAUCCUUACAUCCCUUAGAUCGUACCCUGGUUUUAAGAAAGUUUAUGAGGUGUCACUAAGUUGCAAUGAUGAAUUUUUUGCAGCGGAGGAUGAAGCCAUCAAUUUCUUUAGCUCCAGAUCCUGUGUCACCUUCCCAGAAUGGAGGGUGCAAGGGGACGGGCUAUUUGAAUUUGCUUUGCAGACUGGCACUCAACAAGCCUUGCUUUUAUUUCAGUCAGUUAGUGACAACCAGUGGCACGUUAUUCAACGCAGAUUCACUCAACGGUAUCUGGACCUGAUGGUGGAUGAACAGGGAGUAAGGACAUCGCUGCCUUUACAAAGCAAACCGUUUGUAUCUGAAGGCCCUCUCUUCGUGGGAGGUCUUGAUAGCCGCAAGGGAGAAGAAGUUAAAAGGUUAGAACUUGCCUCUGUGCCAAGGAAAUCUGCUCAAGGAUCUCUUUCAAAGGGUACUUAAGAGGCUUGGAAGCCAACUCAGAAAAGAAAGCAUUAAAGGAUGCCCUUAUUUCCAAAGAUAUAUCUGCUGGGUGUAAAAUGAAGAGUGGUGAUAACAAAAAUCCUUCUGUAACAACCACAGAAAAGCUGCUUCAGGCAGAAGUUCCCCUUUCCACUGCCGACCCUGAGGUGGGCAAGCCUAUUCUUCAAGAAGCCAGUAGCUGUUUCUUGGUUCUGAAUAACUUGAAAGUCCAAGAAGGUGGGCAAACCCUACUGGAACAAAGCAUAUGAAGGUGGAUGUGGAGUUGAAGGAUUUGGGUGUCCAUCAGUCUCAGAUACUAUUUAAAAUAAAGGAGAUGCCUAGUCAUGGGUUCCUUCGAUUAGAUGUUUCCCCCGAACAAGAAAUGGAGAAGGCUUUUACUCUGUUAGAUUUGGGGCAAGGAAAAGUUUGGUAUGUCCAUGACGGUUCAGAAGAACCUAGGGAUUACUUCACAUUUUCAGUCUCUUCCAACAGCAAGAAGGAAGUGCCAUUAUAUCUUCAAGGACAUGUUUCAUAUGUGUUUAACAUUAUUGUCAUUCCAGUAAAUGAUCCCCCAAAUCUUAAGCUCCCCGAAGGAAACUUGCUUCUUGUGUUUGAGAAUUCUAAGAAACGACUGACUCCAAAUAUCAUACAUGUGUCAGACCCAGACACAGAUUCCUUGAGUCUUAGUUUCUCAGUUCUUGACAACUUCAAUUCAGAUGCUGGGUUUUUAGAAAACACCAAUGAUCCUGGGAGAGCCAUUAAUGGUUUUACAUACGGGGAUUUAAGAGAUGGCAACAUUUUGUAUGUGCGCAGGGACCAUCGGAACUCCUGGAUCCUUCUUAGAGCAAGUGAUGGAGAGCUGGUUAGCAAUACAGUGGUGUUACGGGUCAUGGCUGUUCCUUGGGACUUUGCAGUGGCCAACAGAACCGGUGUGGUCGUACGGCAGGGUGGCACGGUUCUGAUUACGCAGAGCAACUUGUUGGUGGAGGUUAAUGGUGAAGACCCUGAGGUGGACAUCCGCUAUGCUAUCACUCAUCCACCUCGGUAUGGCCAGAUUCAGUGGCAGGGGUCAAGUGGCGAGUGGAAACAAACUAGUACCUUCUCUCAGCGUUCCGUUGAUUGGGGUCAGGUCUGAUACUGCAGUACAUUCAAAGAAUUGCAGCUAGAAAAUGUUACAGAUCACUUUAAAUUUAAAGUUAACAUAGAAGGAAAAAGCAGUGAAGAACUGAUGUUUCCGGUUAUGGUACAAUGGCUGAAGUUUACCCUUCUGAAAAAUGUUCCUCUUGAGAUCAGUAAAAUAAACAAGCACAUAUCGAAUUCUGAUCAUUUGCAGGCUGCGACAGAGGGUGUGGAAGUAGCUGAGAGGGAACUGCAUUUUAAGUUACUGACCCCACCUAAGACAGGAAAAUUGCUACUUGGCACAAAAUUUCUAAAAGCAAACUCAGUCUUCAGCCAACAAAACGUUACAGACUCUAAGAUAAGUUAUGAAUCACAGGGGAGGCCCAGGGAACAUUCACAAGACACUUUUAGGUUCUUGAUGGUUGCAGAACACAUCGAAUCAGAAGAUUAUAUGUUCAAAAUAAAUUUUAAAGCAGAUAAGAGGGGCAUUAUUGUAAUGAACAGACGAUUAUUUGUAAAAGAAGGAGAAGAGAAAUUAAUCACAAAAUUGGAAUUAUUUGCUCAAACCUCGGACAAUCAGACUUUCCAGUAUAAAAUCACCAAGAGUCCUCAACAUGGGAAGCUGAAACUGAUUCAAUCUUCAGAUUCUCUGGGAAGUCAUGACAGUAUCACCACGUUCACUGAUCAAGACAUCUUGGGUGAGCAGCUCAUGUAUGUGCACGAUGACUCUGAGACCCAGUGUGACGAGUUCCUCCUCACAGCCUCCACUGCAGGCCCAGGCCAAGAGGGAGUGGUCAGGGACUUUGAUACAGAGCAUCUGUCUACGGAAAUUAAAGUCACCGUUUCUGUGGAGUUAAAGAACGAUGAGAAACCAGUGCGUGUGGUGGAUAAGGUCUUUCAUGUCGUGCGGAACGGCCAGCGCUUGCUGACCCUAGCUAAUCUCUGUUACCGUGACCCCGAUGCAGAUUUUGAUGAUGGGCAGUUGCUCUACACCCGGCGGAGCAUCCCGAAUGGGGACUUGGUGCAAGCCAGUGACCCGACUCAGAAACUCUACCAGUUCAGGCAAGAAGACGUGCGGGAAGGGCGUGUGCUCUUCAGGCAUCAGGGUGCAGACUCGGCCCGCUUUGUGCUGUUUGUGACAGACGGUGUCCACUACACAUCGUCCCUCCUCGAGGUCAGUGUGUCAGACCCCUAUGUCUGCAUAGCCAACAACACAGGACUGCUGGUGCAGAGAGGAAAGGACAGCAGCCUCACGACAACCAACCUCAGUGUCACCACAAACCAAGAUGUCAGAACAGACCACGAGAUCAAAUUCCACAUCCUGCGGCCCCCAAAGCAUGGCAGAGUGCUGGUCAACAGCUCAGGGCCCGGCUCAUUUUCCCUGCAUGACUUGAAGCGAGGACGUGUGAUUUAUAGACAUGACGGCAGUGGCAGCUUCGAUGUGUUCAACCUGACGGUGAAAGUUAAAGAUACAUAUUUAGAAGUGGGCGUGUCCGUGCAAGUGGACUCAGAAAGCCACCAACAUCACACCCAAAUUCUGCACAGCAAGACCCUUGUGGUUGAAGAAGGAAAACCAGUAAAACUGAGUAGAGGAAGGCGCCAGGUAGGCAGUGGUCCCAGUGCCAAGCAUCCUCACUCUCCUAGAACCGCAGGGGCAAAUGAUCUGCUUGCUUCUGGAAGUAACGUGGGGGAGUACCACUUCAUUGAGGAAAUGAUGUGUUUCUCCAGGAAAGACACGGAAAAGGUAGAAAAUGAAUUGAUUUCCUAUGUUCAUGAUGAUAGUGAGGCGCUUCUUGACAAUUUCACCAUCUUUGCAAAUAGCUCAGAGCUUGGAAAACGGAGUUUGCCUCAAACUCUUUUUGUGACUGUCGAAUCAGUAAAUGACGAGGCUCCAGUAAUAACAGCCAAUAAAAUCCUCCAGGCCGAUGUAGGGGUGCUCAUGUGGGGGAGUGAGGAGCCAUAUGAAUGUCUGAGGCAAGAGCAUCCCCAGCAAAGGAAUAAUCCAGAGCAAAAGUUGAUUAGAGAAACUCGAAACAGCCUAAUUCCAUCAGACCUGGUGGGACGUCUCAACAAACACUUUAAACUCAGCGUGUUCAAAACUGAACUCCUGCUCUUACUGCCAGAUCCACUCCACCCGCAGCUGCCCUCGUUUCGGUUGACGGUGUGGGUGAAUUCUGUCACUGAGAUUACCAGUGGUGAGCUCUGUGCAGAAGAUGGGGACUCCUCCCCACAGGACCUUGCCUACUUGGUCUCUCCACCCAGCAAUGGGCAUUUGGCUCUCAAGUCCUUUCUUGGCCGAAGCAUGCAGAACUUCACCCAGGCUCAAAUCAGUGAGGGUCAGCUAGUGUUUGUACACACUGGUUCCAUGAAGCCCCUUUCAGCUCGUGACCUGAGAGCUGCGACCAAUGACGUGGACAGUGCAGGAAACAGAACUAUGACCUUUACAGUUGUAAGUUCCCCUAGACUCGGGAGGUUGGUGCGAGUCGAUUCUGACAACAGCACAGAGGAUGUUUCCGUGUUUAUGCAGCAUCUGGGUGAUGUGGCAGAAUUGAAUUUAGCUUUUGCUUUGCUAUCGCCUUUGUCUGGGGUGCAUUUAAGGGAACAGAUCGUGAGGGUCCACGUUGAAGGAGCAACCCCUCUCUUGGGCAUUGCUGUAUUUGCAGCAGGGGGAAAAGAAGUGAUGGUGGAAGCAUGCGACAACUCCACACGUUUAUGCUCGGAAGUGCCAUGCGUCACUGUGCUCACGUCUCAUUGA